GGUGCCGCGGGCUCCCGGCUGCGCUCCGGGAUCUCCGUCCUGCCCCGCCGGGCUCGGUGCCUGGGCCGGACCCGAGGGCGGCAGGCUGGGUGCACCCCUGCCACGUGCUGGCUCACCACACUGUUUUUGCUUCUUUUCUUUUCCUUGCCCCCUUCUCUGUGGGGACCAGAGCACAGGGCGCUGAGGCCUGCCCGGGAUCGGGGCACCUGCAGCGGCCGGAGCCGGCCCGGGGCCCGCCCGGAGCAGCGCCCGAGCCCCGCGGGCAGAAGGGGCGCAGAGAGAAGCGGAGGGGAGGGCACCGGGCGCUCCUGCACGGCCCGGGGAACGCGGGGACAGCCCGGGGAACGCGGGGACAGCCCGGGGAACACCGGCACGGCACCGCGGGGUGCCGGACAGCUCGCGUACAGCUGUGUGCAGCUGGGCACAAAGCCGCUGCCACUCCGAGGUACGAAAAGAAACAAAGCGCAUGAAAGGAAGGAAGCGCCGUCAGCGCUCAGCAGCCAGGAGACCGCUGGGGACAGGGACCUGCCAUUCCGAGAUGCUGCGCAGGAGGUCUGCGUGGGAUGCCAGAAAGCAUUAUGGAUUUACACACCUAUAAUGUGUCAUUACUUCAUAUCUCCUAACUCCCCUGGACAUGAGAAAUGCACCCUCAGUUAAGUGCAACUUGCCCUGGACUUACACAUUACCAUUGGAUAAAUGACUCUUCCCUGUGGAUUUCCAUCCUGGGCUCUUAGUGCAGCUGGAAUCUGGCUUCCACUGAAAAGUCUUGGAAUUGGGAGACUUUGUCACCUCAUUUAGUGACAUGCCACCUCAGACAAAUUACCAACACUAAUUCCAAAAUUUGGUAAAAUGCUGGAGGGGGAGGGUUUGGGUGUGCUCUGUAAAAUAAUCUAUGUUAAAAUAAGCCCCUGUUUUGAAGAGGAUUCAGAGAAGAAUGCUUUCCUGGUACUUAUGUCUUCACAGAACACAGUGACAUCUUGUGGCAUGGGAAGGGCUGGUAUCAUUUUAUUCCAGAUGCAUCCUCAUUUCAGCACAUUCACAGAUAAAAGUCAAAACAAAUUCUGGGCAACUGCUAAGGCAUUACUUCUGUCGGUAAAUAUUCACCCUUUCCAAAUUUUUUUUUGUAAGUACAGGUUUAUCUAAAGUACUCUUUUAGUUGUGAAAAAAGCCCUAGUAUUGUAAAUGUAGUGUGUUGGAGCUUCAUUUCAGUUCACUGAUAUUCCUUGGAAAAUUUUCAGUUCCAGGAAUGUUCCUGUCCCAACCUCGCUGGUAGAAGAAUCUGAGUCGGGAUUUCAGACCAAACAGGGUUUAGGCCCUGUCCCUGAUAUUUUGUGACCCUCCUCUGCCCUUUGCAAGUUGCUCCUUGGCUAGGAUCCUGGCUGUCAGCAUGAAGGGAAGAGCUGCCCGCGGUGCGACUGUCCCCUGUGACCGGUACAAACACGCCUGUGCUGUCUGCAGAGGGGCUCUUUAUCUCUACGGAGGGCGCAGCAGCACCACGCUGAGGGACUUCUGGAGAUACCACACAGUGAAAAAUGAAUGGGAAAUGUUGGAUUGCUCAGGAGAUGGUCCAGAAGAACUGGAAGAACAUUCAAUGGUGGCUUAUAAGGGCAGCCUGUGUAUUUUUGGUGGGAUGGUGGAUUCUGCUUUCACACAAGCAAAAACCCCUCUCUGGAUAUAUGACAUUGAUUCUGCAAGAUGGACAGAGAGCUGCAACGAACCAGCAGAGACGGAGAGCUCUGCCCCAGCUAACAGAAAAGGUCACAGCGCAGUUGUGUACCAUUCCAGCAUGUACAUCUAUGGGGGAUAUGUUGGCAUCAAAGGCAUUUCUCAGGAGUUUUGGGAAUUCCAUUUUGACACAAGGAAGUGGUUGUGUGUCUCCAGCCCCUGUCACGGCAGCAGCCCCGGAGCUCGGCACGGCCACUCGGCCGUGGUUUAUCACACAGCCAUGUACCUCUUUGGGGGGCUGAUGGGGCUCACUGAACAGAGGGACUUGUGGAGGUGGGACUUUGGAAGCAGCAGCUGGUCCAGCAUCAGAACAAGCCAAGGACCUCCUCCGGUGGUAGGUCAUGCUUCAAUAGUCUGCAAGGACUCUAUGCUGGUUUUUGGUGGAGGGAUUUCAAAUUCCAGCCCUAAUGGUGACCUCUGGAAGUAUCAUUUCCAUACGCAGACAUGGAAGAAGCUUAGUAGUACUACAAAGGGAAACUUUUCUCCUAAGAUGUAUCACUGCAUCUUAGGGAUUGGUGUGGACUUCCAAACUACCUCAGAUUUUGCUGAUAGCUUCCCCAGCCGCGGCAAGAAUGAGCAGAAGGACCGUCCCCAGCUGGUGCCCAUCCCAAGGCACUCUGGCUUUUGCAGCUACUUCUGCCCACAGCCCACGGAGCGGAGCAACGCCAUCGAAAUGAAAACCUUCAGCCUGCCCCUGGAGCCAGUGGAAUUCCCUGCCUUCCAGACCACUUCAGAGGCAGGACUAGGCCCAAACAGCAUCAGGAGCUGUUUGUCCAAGGACAAGUCUCUCCAUCUGUCAGGCAGUUCGGGAGAGGCUUUUGCUGCUGCUGAGGCUGUGGGUGAAGAGGAGAGAACCAACUGUGGGUGUGCGCCCAUGGGGGGUGAGAUCAGCAGCACCAACACACUGCUGCUCAUUGGGGGCAAACCUUUGUCCAGCUUCUCUGAGAUCUCCUUCAGGCAAAUGGAGUUUGAUUGCUUGUGAUUGCUUUGCUUGCAAAGUGAAGGAAUAAAUUUCCACCACCGUGGCAGUAGGUGGAAAACCAACUGCUUGCAACUGUCUUCAGCUUCCUAUCAGCAUGCUGGGGAAAAAAAUAAUUAAACCUCCUCAUACUUGCUGCGAACAGAUUUUUUACAAUGUUAACAAAACCCGACAUAUAUUUAAGUCACAACUUGCAUGUAAGUUGUGAUUUCUGAGAGGAGCUUGUUGGAAUGCUGCUCUUUUUGUUACUUUUCUCCUGGUCACUUCAUACCCUUUCAAGUUGCAAUGGGUGAUGCUGCCUUGAAAAUCAGAACUGCAGAAAUCCAUACUGGCUCCACAAGAUGCCAUUUCAGGGGCAAAGCUUGCUCAUUUUGCACUGGCAUAAGAGAGAAUUACAGUGACAUUUGAGGGAUUCAAUUAGUCUUAAUAGGAAUGUUCUUUAAGAUUUUAAACAUUUUAUAUUCUUGAGCGUUGUUUGUAUAAUGUAUUUGCAACAUGAGAUGGCCUACGACAAAGGAACCCAACAGACAAAUCAGUAACUGAAUUCUAGAAGAUAUUCAAGGAUUGUAUAAAACCUUGAAGAAAUGAAACAAUGAGUGCUCCCUGAAAAUCAUCACCAAGGACCAGAAGAAGGGCAUUAUACCUGUAAGAACAAAGGAUGUGCCAAAUGAGUGUUGGCUUUAAUGACUGAACACAGAAUCAAAAGGGUUUGAUUUCCCACAGUGGAGUGGGGAGGGAACAGAAAGAGGAGGGCUUGACAGAGUGGCACAAAGCAUGGGCUGUUUUGACUGGUAACUCAUAUUUUAAGCCACAAAAGGAUUUCUGCUUUUCCAACUCCAUCUCUCUUUAAUCACCCUACAUAGUACUUGUUACACACUUCCCCUCUGUACUAGAAAAUUCUGAGUUUAUAUAUGGUUUUUCUUAGCUGAAAAGAAAAAGUGCUUGUUUUGCAAGGUAAUAUUGUCCAGUGUUCAAAGCAUUUAUUUCCACAGAAGUUACUGAAUACUGGCCCUUCUAAUAGAACAUCAGCUGUCUGUAAGAGCUGCUGGUAUCUGAAAUUACCUGAAAGUAAGUUAAUACUUCCAAGUAUUUGAAAAGUUCACUUUUCAAGUGUUUCAUAGGAAGUGACUAUCAAGUCUUCUACAGAUUUCAAGAAUAUUUACAAGUAAACUGUCAUGUGAAUUCAACAGGAAAAAUAUAGAUGGGUUUGCAAAAAGCUACUUAAGAGUUAUUUGGACCAUCCACGACCCUUACCUGGAAACAGAGAGGAUUGUACACUGCCACGUGAAUAAAGCCUGCUCAGUUUCCUAUCA